GGCCUCGAGGGGCCAAUGGUGGUCGGCGGCCUCCGUAGGAGGCAGCUCCCGAUGUCCCGAUCGAGUCCAGGGGCUCCAGGCAGCCGUGGGUCCCCAGAUGUGGACGGACUGCAACACCCAUCACCCCCUGCCGCAGCAGCCUUGGAGGAGGGGAGCUGUAGCCCACCCCCACCAGGCUUGGGAACCGCGGACGAGCGCAGCCCCUCGCUGCCGAGCCCCGACGCGGGUCUCCCCGGCCCUGCUGCUGCUGCUGCCCUUCUUAGCCAAGGCGUGUGCGGGGACCGGGGGGGGGGCGGCACACAAGCCCCGCUGCGGCGCCCCCCGCCCGGCCCGGGAGCCGCUUUCACUUUCGCCCAGGCGGAAGCGGCGCCGGCGAAGCGCGAGACAGCGCCGCGCGGGCUCCUCCAGCUGGGCACCGGGACCGGGACGCCGCCGCCGCCGCCGCCGCCAUGGGCCAGGAGGAGGAGGAGGAGGAGGAGGAGCGGCGGCGCUGCUGCUGCUGCUGCGUGGCGCGAGUCGCUGGGCUACUACUACUGCCUCAAGUUCGCCCUCUCGGCCUACGCCACCCUCUUCUCGCUCAUAGGCCUGGUGAUCUUGUGCAUUGGCAUCUACGCCGAGGUGGAAAGGCAGAAGCACCGGACUCUGGAAGGGCUCUUCCUCGCCCCAGCAGUGAUCCUCCUCCUCCUGGGCAUCACCAUGUUUGCCGUCUCCUUCAUUGGGAUGGUGGGCUCCCUCCGAGACAACAGGCUGCUGCUGAAGACGUUCUUCUGGGUCCUGCUGGUGAUUUUCCUCACUGAGUUGCUGCUGCUGUGCAUCGAAAUCAUCUUCGAAAAGCAGAUGAACGUGGUCUUCCAUGCCAGCCUUCAGGAUGGGAUAAGGCACUACUAUGAUGACUUGGACUUCAAAAACAUUUUGGACUUUGUCCAACAAAAGUUUUCCUGCUGUGGAGGUGAUGAAUUCAGAGACUGGCAUGUGAAUCCAUACCAUUCAUGCAACAGCAGUGGCCCUCUGGCCUGUGGGGUGCCCUACACGUGCUGCAUCAAGAAGGUCCCAGGAGAAGUCAUCAAUACACUGUGUGGAUACAGGACUCUAAACAAAGAGAGACUGGAGCUGGUGGAUGUCAUCCACGUGCGUGGCUGCAUCCAUGCAGUUGGCUUGUGGCUGAAGGACAAUUUCGAAGCCACCUUUGGAAUCGUUUGCUCUCUGCUGCUCCCCCAGGCAAUUGGCUUGGUGAUGGCCUGGCUCUACUGGCAGAAGCUCAAUGACAUUUAUUCCAGGCAGGACACUGUGGAUUUCAGGAGCCUGGACACAAGCGACUUCAACUUUGCCACUCUGGACCUCUCUGGGGCUGGCUGCUGCUUGUGCUUGCCCCGAGAAGGCGGCUACCUCCCAGUCUAUGAUAAAGAUGACAAUGCGGGAGACGACGCCAUCUGCCAGAGCAAAGUGUGACAUUCUCAGGUUGCCUGAAGAAUCAACGUCCAAGAGACCAGCCAGUGCUUAGUGCAUCCAAAGAUGCAGGACAGCCAAGUGUGAAGUGGGUUUUUCCCCGUUUCUGUCUAGCAGAGCAAGAGAGGGUGUCAGCAAGAGUGUUUUGUCUUUGGAAUGCCAAAGGGGUGAGCAGUGUGUUGCUUUGAGGAGCCCUCCAGUGGGCUCCAUAAGGGCCAUGAGAAGACACACCGGAGUCCUUUCAUGGCCACACCUGUUGGUCUUUUUUGUCCUCUGGCAGCUCUUGUGUCGCCCCCCCCCACCAGAAGAGCAUUACAGCAAGGGCUGAGGAUCAGCAUCAGCAAUGGGCCCCGCCAGGGCCCUGGGGCUCCAGCAGCUGCCUGGUGGUGCUGUGUGCUGGACCUAGUGCACUUGUGCUCAUGUGUGCAAUGUGCAUUAACGUUUCAGGGCCAAUAUGUGACCUGAGAGAAAAGUGCUUUGAUUUUUGGAAUUCCACACGUCUUUGUAUAUGUCUCUCUUUUGCAAAUAAACGUGAUGGAUUUGAAA